UCAAGCUUCAAUAGCCAUGAAGCUCCACUUCUUAGAAACCCUAAUUGGGAAAUAUUUCUCAAAGGCCCCAAAAAGAGCUGCACUCUUGGUAUCAGCAACCCUUCUUCUCUUUACUAUUAUUCCUCUCGCCUUCCCUAUCAAAAUUCAUUCUUUCUUUUUGAUAAAUUCUUCUCUUUGGGGCAACAACAUAACAGAUUCUACUGCUAAUGAUCUUGGGGUCUUUAAAGAAGCCAUUAGAAGUUGUGAUAUAUUUAGAGGAGAGUGGGUUCCUGACCCAAGGGCCCCUUAUUACACCAACACCACAUGUUCGGCCAUUCACGAACAUCAAAAUUGCAUGAAAUAUGGAAGGCCAGACACUGGGUUCAUGAAAUGGAAGUGGAAACCAGAUGAGUGCGAGUUGACGGAGUUCAAUCCAUCGGAGUUUUUCGAGACUGUGAGAGGGAAGUCCAUAGCUUUCGUGGGCGACUCGGUCGCGAGGAACCAUAUGCAGUCCUUGAUUUGCCUGUUGUCCAGGGUGGAGUACCCUGUGGACGCCUCCAUUGAAAGUGAUGACAGGUUCAAGCGUUGGUUCUACACGACCUUUAAUUUCACCAUUGCUGCCUUUUGGUCCCCUUUCCUUGUAAAAUCUAUGGAAGCUGUCCCUUUGGCCGCCCCAAUGACAAGGCUAUUUAACCUCCAUCUUGAUACCUUUGAUGACAAUUGGAUAGCCCAGAUCGAAGGAUUUGACUAUGUCAUCAUAUCUGCCGGCCACUGGUUCUUUCGACAUAUCAUCUUCUAUGAGAAAGGCAAAGUUGUUGGGUGCUCCAAUUGCCAACACAAGAAUAUCACAGACUUGGGCAUGUACUAUGGCUAUAGACGAGCCUUCAGAACAGCAUUCAAAGCCAUUAAUGCGCUACAAAAUUUCAAGGGUACAACUUUCUUGAGGACCUUUUCCCCCGCACACUUUGAGGGUGGUCUUUGGAACCAAGGUGCGAACUGUAUUAGGACCAAACCUCUCAAGAGCACUGAGACAAAGUUAGAGGGGACUAACAUGGAGUUGUACAUGACCCAAAUUGAGGAGCUUGGAGAUGCAGAAAGAGUGGGUCGAGAGAGAGGACACAAAUUUAGAGUUAUCGACACUUCCCAUGCUAUGUUAAUGAGGCCUGAUGGCCACCCCGGAAGGUUAGGGCACUGGGGUGAAGAGAAUGUGACAUUGUACACUGAUUGUGUGCACUGGUGCCUUCCUGGCCCAAUAGAUAGCUGGAACUCUUUUCUACUUGAAAUGUUGAAGGAGGAAGUUGGGAGGUCAGUCUUACGAUGACAGCAGCAGCACUUGGGGAGAGAGGUUUCAACUAACAAACACCAAAUUGGACUUGGAAGACAGAGAGGUUCGGAAUGGAUUUGAAAAUGAGAGAGAUAAAAAAUACCAGAACGAUUUCGGAAGGGAGAGUUCAAAGACACGAAAUUGGAUUUGUAUUUUAUGAUAUAUUAUGCAGGGAAAGAUUGCAGGAAUUAAUUUAGUGUUGUAUGUUUGGUACAAGAUAUCUGUCCAAGUAGUCAUAAAUGUAAAGGGUGAUUAAUUUGUAACAUCGCCCUCAUCUGUCUUAUUAUAUCAUAGUUACUCUUAAAUGUAAAGUACGUGGUUGGAAGUAGUCUGAAAGAUAUGGAGACUUAUGACCUCAUUGAGGAUAUAGCCUUCAAUAGAGCAGA